AUGGGCCUCCAACGGCGUUGCUGGUAUCAUGACAAGAAUCCAACUCUUUUGCACCACGCAUCUGAUGCUCUCAUGUAUGAGGGAAGUGCUCUUCUUUUGGAUGAGUUCAAAAAGGUCUUGCCAACUUGCCGCAGGAUUGGUGAAGGAUAUUUACGUAAAGCUGAGUUACUUCAGAUUGUCCGGCAUGGAGUAGUUGUGAUUGGUGACUAUCAAAUUCCAAGCAAGAUAUACUUCUUGGAAGCAGCAUUGGUGGGACCCUAUGUGAAAUAUUUGAGCAACAUUAACUUCAAUAUGGCAGAGAACCGAGUGGGUGUGGACGCCCAAAUUGCCCACCUGAUGAAUGCAUUCAUGCAUUGGUCUUAUGUUAAUUCUGGUGGGAAUAUCCUGAUCUGUGAUUUGCAAGGUGUUGGCCCAAUUAAUUCUGACUGA